GAUUAAGUACAGAAACGAAAAUGGCGAAUCGAUCUAAAGCUUCCGAGCAGCUCAGUGAUUUUUCCCGGGCCAAAAAGUCUCCAGAUGUUCUCACUACUGGAACUGGGUGUCCAAUUGACACAAAGACAUCCACCAUGACAGUUGGGGCCAGGGGACCCAUCCUGCUGCAGGAUGUACAUUUUCUGGAUGAAAUGAGCCACUUUGACAGAGAAAGAAUCCCAGAGAGAGUGGUGCAUGCCAAGGGUGGUGGCGCAUUUGGAUACUUUGAGGUCACACAUGACAUCAGCAAAUACUGCAAGGCUGCAAUCUUUAAUAGAAUUGGAAAAAGCACGCCUUGUGUUGCUCGAUUUUCAACAGUAGGUGGUGAGUCUGGCAGUGCUGACACAGCUCGUGACCCCCGUGGCUUUGCUAUGAAGUUUUACACUGAAGAGGGAAACUGGGAUCUUGUUGGAAACAAUACUCCUAUCUUCUUUAUCAGAGAUCCAAUCCUGUUUCCCAGUUUUAUUCAUACCCAGAAAAGGAACCCCACUACUCACCUGAAGGACCCUGACAUGUUCUGGGAUUUCAUCACCCUGCGUCCUGAGACCACCCACCAAGUGUGUUUCCUGUUUAGUGAUCGCGGUAUUCCUGAUGGCUACCAGCAAAUGAAUGGUUAUGGAAGUCAUACUUUCAAAAUGGUUAAUGAGAAGGGAGAAGCUGUUUAUUGCAAGUUCCAUGUCAAGACUGAUCAGGGGAUCAAGUGUGUGCCUGCAGACAAAGCAGAGCAGCUAGCAGGUUCUGACCCAGACUACAACAACAGACUUCUUUACAACGCCAUUGCCGGUGGAAACCCACCAUCGUGGACCAUGUACAUUCAAGUUAUGACCUUUGAAGAAGCCGAAAAAUUUCGCUGGAACCCAUUUGAUCUUACUAAGAUCUGGCCGCAUUCUGAGUUCCCUCUCAUCCCAGUUGGCAAAAUGGUACUGAAUCGUAAUGCAAAGAACUACUUUGCAGAGAUAGAGCAGAGUGCUUUUAACCCAGCUAGUAUGGUUCCUGGUAUUGAGCCUUCCCCAGAUAAGAUGCUUCAGGGCCGCCUGUUUUCCUAUCAUGACACUCAUCUGCAUCGUUUGGGAACUAACUACUUACAACUUCCAGUGAACUGUCCGUACAGGACAAGGGUUACAAACUACCAGAGGGAUGGACCACAGACUUUUGAUAACCAAGAGGGUACUCCAAACUACUUUCCAAACAGCUUCACUGGGCCUUUGGAUGACUUGAGGUACUCACCACACACAGUCAAGAUCACUGGUGAUGUGGCUCGAUACAACUCUGCAGAUGAUGAUAACUUUUCACAGGUCACAGAUUUCUGGAACAAAGUUUUGAAUGAAGCAGAGAGAACUAGGCUGGUGAAUAAUAUUGCUGGUCACCUGAAAGAUGCUAAACAAUUUCUUCAAAAACGAGCUGUGAGUAAUUUUGCUCAAGUUUCUCCUGAGUUUGGUCGCCGACUGACUGAAGCUUUGGCCGAAUACCACAUGCAUAAGGGAGCCACAGCUCAGGCUAGCCUUUAAAACCAAAGUCGAAAGAAGACUGGAGUGCCAGGGAAGAUGAGAUUACUGAAUCAUGUGAUAAUGUCCAACACUUAUCAAUAAUGGGGGCAUCCGUUGGGGACAAAGGAACAUUGAAAAUAUACUGAUGAUUCUUAACUUUACCGAAACGGCAUCUGUAAAUCAGUUUUACAGUGAGGCAAAGUCUAAAACUGGUAAAAAGUUGAUAGUCUAUGAUGGAAUCCUUAAAGUCUGUGGAAUCACCUCGCCCAAUACACAUUUGCUGAAAACCAAUUUAAGAAUGUUUUAAGCGUGGCGUGGAAGCCUGUUUCAUGCUGCCAGACGUAUGGUUUUAAUUUUAUCGUGAUUGUGUCCCUACAGUUCAUUUUAACUGUGCUAUUCAAUAUCAAAUUUGAGUAGUGCUUAUUAGUUGUACACCUCUGUUAACACAUUUUUCAUUUGAAUGGGAAAUGUCAUGAAAAUUUUGCAGAAAGUGAGUCAAUAAACCUGGAUUUGUCAACAACUA